GACCCACUGCAUCAGCCACAGAAGGUUUCUUCCGGCGCCGCGGCGCCGCCGCCACCAAUGUCCAUCGCGCGGGAAAAUUUCCCCAGCCCCCCGCCACUUCGCUCCACUACCCAAAUCCAAGCACCAUUCGUCCAUCCCCAACAAGAUCUGCCAAAUCCAAGCCCCCUAGCCCAUGGCUACCGUCGCCGCCGCCGCCCCCGAGCACAUCGAGGCGAUGGAGCAAGUUGAAGGGGAGGAGCAGGCGGCUAGAGCAGCCGCAGCCGCCGCCGCCGAUGACGUCGACGUGCCCACCGAUGCGAUGGAGCAAGUUGGAGGGGAUGAGUCGGCGCCAGCCGCCGCCGCCGCUGACGAUGAUGCGGCCGAGCCGAUGGAGCAAGGCGAAGAGGAGGAGGCAACGGAGAUCGACGCGGAGGAGGAGGCGGAUGCUGGCGCCGAGGCGCACAUGGAGGCAUCGGAGCAGGCUGAAGAGGAGGAGCGGGAGGAGGUCCACGCGGUGGCGGUGGCGAAGGAGGAAGCGGAGGCCCAGCCGCUGCAGACGGUGCUCCCGCUGGGCAGGGUGAAGAGGAUCAUGCGGGUCGACAGCGAGAUAAAGAAGGUGACCGCCGAGGCGUCGCUGCUCGUCGCCGCGGCCACCGAGCUCUUCCUCGGCUCCCUCGCCGCCGGCGCCCACACGGCCGCAUCCCAAGGCGGCCGGCGGACGGUGCGCGCCGCGCACGUCCGGGCCGCGGUCCGCGCGCACCGCCCCACCGCCGACUUCCUCCUCGACUGCCUUCCAGCUGCUGCGGAGGCGGCGCCUCGCGUCGCCCGCUCCGGAUCCGAUGGUGCCGCCGCCGUCGCUGAAGCAGCAGUACCCAAGCCGCUGCCACGUGGGACCCGCCGCAUCGACGGAUUCUUCCAGAAGGUCACUUAGAGGUGUCUCUCACCGCGUGUGAUUAUGAACUGCUGCUCCAAGUGGUUAAAAUGUAUUCCUACCUUGCCAUGUGAUGGAAGUGGAACCUAUGAACUUUAUCAAUCUAAGUAUGCAGUUGUCUUUAACCUUA